AUGAAAAUAACAACACCACAGAUUACAUGGCAUGGAGGCGAGGCUGGUAAGAAUGAUCCAGUGUUGAGUGCGGAUGUACAUCCCUGCGGUGUUCUGGCCACGGGGGGGGCAGACGCGGAGGUGCGGCUUUGGCUUCUCCACCUGGACGAGAACGAGGAGAGCAAAUUUCAAGACUACCUCUACAAUUUCGAAAACCACCAACGCUCCGUCAACAGCGUGCGCUUCUCGCCGGAUGGACGCGCGCUCGCGACUGCAAGUGACGGGGGCGUGAUCUUCGUCUACCUCCUUCCCCCCGGGCGCCCCACCCGCUUUUGGCGACGGCCCAUGUGCCAGCGGAUGGUCCUCUGCCGCCUGGUUCGGACCACGCAGUCCGACAUCUACGACCUAGCCUGGUCCCCGUCCUCCCGGGAGCUCUGCAGCGUCUCGGUGGACAGCAAGGUGGCGGUGUGGGACGUGACGGGCGAGAAGAGCCCCUUGCUUUCCACCUUCACCAGUCACAGCAACUAUGUCCAGGGCGCCUGCUGGGACCCGGCGGACGAAUUUUUGGUCUCUCAGAGCAACGAUCGGAGCUGCAGGGUGUACGUGAGGAAGGAGUUGAGGGGAGGGAAGAAGAAGCGGAAAAAGAAGAAAGGGGAGGAGGGGGGGAAGGAAGGGAAGGAGGAGGCAGCGCCGCCCACCGAGUGGGUGGAGCAGGGACUGCUGCGUCUCGCCUGCCGUGAGGAAGGUGGUGGGGAGGAGGAAGAGGAAGCGGGGCGGGAGAUGAGCAAGCUGGUUCCGGUUGCGUCCUCGACGCCAGUGGUGCCGGUGGAGAGAAAAGCCGGUCAGGGACAUCGGGGAGGGAGGCAUGGAGGAGGAAAGAGGGAAGACCACGUCGCUGGCGAGCACGCGCCGGCUCUGAAGCAGGCGGGAACACCCGUGGGCAAGGAGGGAGAGGAAAAAAAGCCAGAAGAGACGGGGGCGGUGGAGACGGAGCUCUCAGGGGUCGGUCAGGAGGGAGAUGAAGGGAGGCAGGGCAGGAUGGAGGGCGAGGUGAAAGAGCAGGGCGAGGAGGGGCCCCGUCCUGGCCAAGGCGGCAAACCCGCGUCCAAACGUACCCCUCGCCUCCACCUUUUUGCGGACGAGACCGUCCCGUCCUUCUUCCGCCGACCUGCCUGGUCCCCGGACGGCUGCCUCCUCCUCACGCCCACGGGACUUCUCCCUCCCUCGGGGCACAGGGGCGGGCCCGAAGGAGACAACAAAGCCGGCGGCGACAGUGCCCACACGCGUUUUUCCACGCACGUGUACGUGCGGGGGGCGUUCGCAAAGCCUGUGCUCGAGCUGCCUCACCCGGGCGGAAAGGCUUCUGUCGUCACAGAGCCCUCCCCCGAUCCCCCUCCCUCUUUGACGAACCUGCCUUACCGGAUGGUCUUCGCGGUCUUGACCGUGGGCGGUAUUUAUGUGUACGACACCCAGCACCAUUUCCCUCUGGCAGUGGUGAAGAACUCGCACUACGCCCCCUUGACCGAUGCAGCCUGGGUCAAUGACGGCUCCGCCCUGGUCGUUACCUCCAUGGACGGAUACGUGACGGUGGGGAGCUAG